AUGACAAUUUCUCAAGGUGACCAAUUUCCUAAAGGUGUGAAAUUUACAUACAUUCCAAUAGACUUAUCAGAUACAAGUUUGAUCGACCCAUUGAAAUGCCAACAACCAAUUUCAUUAAACUUGGAUAAUCUCAUUACUCGAUUUCUGCAAUCAAACUUUCUUCUAAUAGUUUCUGUACCAGGGGCAUGGACACCACUUUGUGGAGAACAACAUAUCCCCGCAUACCUUCAAAACCUUGCCAAACUCAAAUCACAAAAGAUAGGAGCCGUUGUAAUCAUUGGUGCAAAUGAUCCAUUUGUAAUGAACGGAUGGGCAAAGGUUCUUAUUAAAGAGUAUGUCAAGACGGCAGAGCAACCUAUUCCCGAAUUGAUAUUCGCUAUGGAUUCAACGGGGUUUAGCAAAUCACAAAAUUUGACGAAUGAAAGCGAUAUUACUGGAUUUACAAGAAAUAAGAGGUAUGCAUUAUUAGUAGAUUGUCUGAAUCGUGAGAUAAAGUAUCUUGGUGUUGAGACUGAAAGGAAAGUAGACAAGUCGGGAGUUGAUGCGGUAUUGGCAAAGCUAUAG